AAAGCGAUCCCGGCCCGUCGACGACUCUCGUUAAGAUGGGUUUCUCUUCGAUCCUCUCCAUAGCCUUGGUCCUGGCCCCCGGGUCGGAGGCCUUCCUGUCUGCUCGCGGAGCCAUGCCGCUCGCCUCCUCGAGGGCGGUUGCAUCACCGGCUGCCUUCCGCAGCACCUCCAUGGCACCACGACAGCAGUGCAACACCAAGAGCCUCAAGAUGUCAACUGCCGCAGCUCCCGUAGUUGCCGGUGGCAGCACAACAGCCCCAGUCUCAGCUGUGGCAAGUGCUCCCUCGGUAAAACCUCCCCCGCAGAUGUACCAGAACGCUGUCGACAUUGGGCAGAAGAAAGCGUCGGGGUCAGUAGCAAAACUGUUCCUCAUGGGCAUAAUUUCGGGCUGCCACAUUGGCUUUGGUGCGUUGCUGGCAGUGUCAAUCGGAGGAAACUGCCCAGGACUUCUGGCUACGAACCCGGGACUGCAGAAGAUCAUUUUCGGGGCAUUUGGUCUGCCGUUUGGGCUUUUCAUGACUGUCGUUGGAGGUGGCGAGUUGUUCACGGGCAACACUGCCGUGGUGACCGCGGCCGUUAUCGAGGGCAAGGCUUCCAUCGGCGGUCUGCUAAAGAAUUGGGUUUUCUCCUACCUCGGCAACUUCGUCGGGUCGCUCUUGCUCGUGUUUUUGGCUGUGCAGGGUGGGGUAGUUGUUAACCCCGGAUCUGCGAUGGGCAUUGCUACGGCCAAGACGUCGCUCACCUUUGUGCAGGCGUUCGCUAGGGGGAUACUGUGCAACUGGCUCGUCUGCAUGGCUGUGUGGAUGUCGGUCAGCGCCAGCGAUGCUGCCGGGAAGUUCUUUGCCAUUUUCCUACCGAUCUCGGCGUUUGUCGCUUUGGGACUUGACCACAGCGUCGCCAACAUGUUCUUAAUCCCUCUCGGGAUGGCCCUCGGUGCUGGCGUAACUUGGUCGCAGUUCCUUUUGGCCAACUUGCUCCCGGUGACCUUGGGAAACAUCGUCGGAGGCGCUGUUGCCGUGUGCGGGCUGUACUCGGGUGCUUUCGGGUCGCUUUUUGGCAAGAAGAAGUAAAAAGCUUGAUGUUCUUCUCUCUGCUGCCAAUUCGUUUGCGACAAGACACACAUGCAAGGACGACAUCAUGAUUCCCGGUCCCGGGGCGGUAUGUCAGCGUGAUAGUUGUUAGUACCGACACUCUACUUCUGAUGUCUAAUAUACUGCCGUCACCGCUUUCCUCGGUCAGCACGCUGGAUUCGGUUUUUAAGACGUGCGGACAACGCUUGUCGGCACCGUUUACUGUGUUGUUGCUCGCCAGGCGACGUGAAGGAUGUCUGUUGGGUGAGGAUGUUUCCAGCGUUCUUUAAGGUGGUUAGUUUGCGGUAGUGGCGAGGUAUGCGCAAUAUGGAGCACUGGCCGCAGCUCAGGUUCCGAGUAUUACCUGGUCAUGAUGCAUGAAACGUCCACCGCUACAAUCACGUGGAAUGUUUCUUCCCAGCGUGGUAGUUCGCCUAUUUAAUUAUUGUAGCUCCUCCACAACUAGGAUAGGAUAGGAUUGCUCUCGCGAGCGCUUCUGGCUCGCCUUUGUUUUUAUCUUCUAGGACGAUAUUCCUGUACAAGUAUGUUAUGAAUGCGGGCGUGCUUUGUAAUUGUCUUUGUGCUUCAGAUGUCUCCCGGAUGGAUUUUCCGCAUCGUCCGCCUUUCGGAUGUUGUGCGUGCGCGGUGACAUUUGGUUUUCCCGCUCCUGUUGGCAACAUUUGCGCCGCUUUCAAAGGUGGUGUCUCCUGGCUGCAUUGCUCCAAUUUUUUUUUUUUUUUUCCGUUGUUCAUGGCGGCCAGCCUGACUGUCUGCAAUUCUCCU